UUUUUUUUUUCUUCUUCGCACACUCAUCUAGUUUGUACACCACCCCGCUCUACUCCACAUAUUCCACCCUCUCCUUAUUCCUUCCUGCGUUUCCUCUCAACCUCACCUAUUGCGUCCCAAAGAAACCGCUCAUAGCCUGGUUCCCAUCCUAUUUUCACCUCUUUCUCUCACUAUCGUUUCCACAUAGACAGCACACAAAGAACACACAACAUGAACUUCUUCAAGUCAAAACCAAAAACUCCCCACGAAUUGGCUCGCAACCUCAAGGAGUCGAUUCAAAAGCUAGAUGGCCCCGAUAAAAGAAAGGCAACGGAAGAUAUCUCAAAGAUACUGGUGGCCAUCAAGACGAUGCUCUACGGCGACAGCGAGAACGAUCCAGUUCCAGAGACAGUCGCUCAGCUUGCACAGGAGGUCUACUCCAACAACCUCCUCCAGCUCUUGGUCGACAACAUUGCCAAGUUUGAAUUCGAAGCUAAGAAGGAUGUUGCCCAGAUCUUCAACAAUUUGCUCCGUCGUCAUAUUGGAUCACGAUCACCGACGGUCGAAUACCUGUGCACGCGCGACCAGAUCUUGUUUACGCUGAUUCACGGUUACGAAAAUCAGGAGAUCGCCCUCAAUUGCGGUAUGAUUCUCAGAGAGUGCCUGAGACACGAAGUCUUGACAAAGAUCAUCCUCACUUCGCAGCAAGUAUACAAGUUUUUUGACUAUGUGGAGAUGAACACCUUCGACAUUGCAAGCGACGCAUUUGCGACAUUCAAGGAAAUUUUGACACGACACAAGACGCUUGUUGCCGAAUUUCUGGAGCGCAAUUACGAUGUCUUUUUCGAAAAGUACACGCAACUACUUCAAUCGACGAAUUAUGUAACGAAGCGCCAGUCAUUAAAGCUCUUGGGAGAAAUUCUGUUGGACAGAGCCAACUUCACUAUCAUGACACGGUACAUUGCCAGUGCGGACAACCUGAAGCUGAUGAUGAAUCUGCUAAAGGACAGGAGUCGCAACAUCCAGUUCGAGGCAUUCCAUGUGUUCAAGGUCUUUGUGGCAAACCCCAACAAGAACAAGCCUGUGUUGGACAUCCUUUCAAAAAACCAGGACAGACUGAUUUCAUUCCUCAGUACCUUCCACAACGAUCGCAACGAGGACGAGCAAUUCAACGACGAGAAGGCUUUCCUGCUGAAGCAGAUUCAAGGCUUAUGACCAGUCGAGAGCGAAAAGAAGAAAAUAAAGAAAAAGUCGGUCGAGGAAUUAACGUCCGACAUAUAGGCGUGUAUGAAGAAAACAGCAGAACCAUGCAACAACGAGAAGAAAAAAAACACCAGGCAUUGCACAUGAAGGUCUGUAAAAUAAAAAAUGGACUUUCAAAGGAGGGCUUGUACUUGACUGGGUAUUGGAUGUGUUUGUUUCGUGGAACAGAAACACGGGUGGUUCAGGGCGACAUGGGGCACUGGAUAUAGUCUUUAAUGUUGCCC